AUGCCUUACCCUCAAAAUUUAGAGACAGCCCAGGAAGUCGAAAAUAUAAUAAGAGAACGAGGCGGAACACCUGCUACAAUAGCAAUUCUCAAAGGCCAGCUUACGGUCGGUGUGACAGAAGAACAGUUGCAGUAUUUGGCACAGGCCAAGGACGUGGUAAAGGCAUCACGAAGAGACCUCGCGGCUGUGAUGGCGACAGGAGGCGACGGAGCCACUACCGUUGCCGGAACUAUCAUAGCAGCUGAGUUGGCGGAGAUUGAUGUAUUUGUUACGGGAGGAAUAGGAGGUGUCCAUCGAGAAGGUGAAACAACAAUGGAUAUCUCUGCUGACCUGACCGAGUUGGGUCGCAGCCGAACGCUAGUUGUAUGCAGUGGUGUAAAGUCUAUUUUAGAUAUUGGGAAAACACUGGAAUAUUUGGAAACACAAGGUGUAUCAGUUUGCGCUUUCGGUGAUUCGGAUGAUUUCCCAGCUUUCUACACCGUGCGCUCUGGUUACCGUGCACCGCAUCGCGUCGCAGACGCAUCGCAUGCCGCAAGGUUUUUCCAUGCAGCGCGACAAUUACAGCUACAUUCAGGUAUCGUCGUUGCGGUACCAGUGCCUCAAGAACAUGCAAUGGACGAAAAUAUAAUUAAAGAAGCUAUACAAGGUGCCCUCAUAAAUGCAAAGAAUAAAAAUAUUUCUGGAAAAGAAGUAACACCAUUUUUGUUAACUGCUGUGUCCAAGGCAACUAAAGGGGCGUCUCUUAAUACUAAUAUCGCUUUAAUAAAAAACAAUGCAAAGGUCGGUGCCGACAUUGCUGUCGAAAUUCAAAAACUGAAGAAUGCGAAUAACGCACGGAACUCCUAUAAUAUAGCUACAUCAAAGGGAUCCGGGACGUAUUCACCAAAUUCGUCGAGGCAGUUUCACACUGCAUGUAAUAAACGCUUUGGAGAGUCGAAUCCAAGAGAUGCUGCAAGCUUGUUGGUGAACAAGAAUUUGAAUAAUCCCAUACUGGUGAUUGGCGGAGCAAAUAUUGACAGAACUUACCGUAUCAGUGAGAAUAAUAUACAGGACAACAGUCAAAAGUCGGCCUUACAACUCAAAUUCGGAGCGAGUAUGGCGGCGAUAGUCAAGCCGAACACGGGCACUGGUGCGACGAACGCACAUGUGUGCUCCGUGCGCCAUUGGGGGGUCCACCUCAAAUCCAGCGGCAGGAAAUGA